CAGUCAGUUGCAGUUCGAAACCGAAAUUUUUCCACAUUCGAAGUGGGCACCCGAUUUUUAGUUUUGUGUAGUGUUUUUUUUUCAGUUUUGUAGUAUCAUGAUGCUGAAAGGCAAUGGAGACGAUCGACUCAUCGUCAGACGUGCGGCAAAAACAGAUUCAUACCGCUAACAAAACAAAUGAUGUUGAUUUCGGCAGUAAUUAUGCUGCCGGUCGUCGACUUUGACGGUGUAUCAUCUUCUAUCUUCUUCAAGGUUUGUUGUGCUGAUUCUUUGCACCACUUCAUACUGUGCAGUUCUUUGUCGUCCGGACAAGGGCAGAACUGAAAAAUGUGCGGUUUAAUCGAGCAGUUCGCUUUAAAAUUUUCCAUUGUGACUGAUAGCGGUUUUCGAUUGCCUUUAUUUAAUAAAUAAUAUUUUUGUGGCAUAUUUUUACGAAUGGAGCGUAGUAAGUGAAACGUUAAGAGUAACGCUCUUGUGUCAGGUUGUUCGCGGUAUAUUGCGGUACUUGUACGAAUUAUAUAGUGUGAAGGUCACCGGUGAAAAGUCGUCAUUAGAAUUAAAGAAACUGAAGUGUGUAAGAAUUUUUAAAUACGUCGACCGACAUUUUUCAGUGAGCUGGUUAACAUUCAGUUUCCCACAAGUGCCACAAACAUUGAGCAUUUCUUUUCAUUUUGUGAAGUGAAAGUUUUGCGGCAUGACAGUGAAUUAAUCUAUCAUGAAACUGUGAAAUAGGUCGGUGCGCAGAGCUGUGAUCCAGAUUGUACUCAUCAAAAAAAGCAACGUUCAGCGGCGGUGCGUUCGCAUCAUUUUACUCUAUAUUUCAGAGAUUCUAAGACCGGCGAUGGCAUCGUAAUUACUGUCUAAGCAACGGUAUCGUCACACUUCAUUUCUUGCGGACUCAUCUUCGUUGGCAGAAGCUGCCCAUUAAUGCUAAUAGACAUUAUCAUAAUUUUUAUUUGCUGUGGCAAAGUGAACCUUUGUAUUGCGUUGUAAAACCGCCGGUCAGUAAUAUACUUGCCGGUAUUUACAGUAUUUUUCAACCUUUUGGAUUACUACAUCCUGUAAUUUUUUAUUUUAUUUUUGGUAUUAUUUUCAACUAAAAAAUGUCAUGAUCAUCCUCGGUCCGAUGAGUGACCUUAGGCAGCGCUAACCAGCGCGGCGGAAAUCUAAUUAAGUAUGUUACUGUGAAACAGUGAUAGCCUCGGCCCUGGGAAACCGCAAGUAUUUGUUCCUACACGGGAAAUUGUUGUUGGAUAUACUCUCGAAUACGAUUGCCGGCAAUCCUUCAUUUUUUUUACAUUACCAUGCUGCCAAGGAAUUUCCUGUGGAUCUCCCUAACCUCUGUGAUAGUGAUCGCCUUCUUGACUGAUCUAUCGUCAGCGCAGGAUGACACCGACGACGAAGCGGCCUACGCACCGCGACGUACAACUCCCCGAAAGAAAGCACCAGCCACGACAACGACAACCGUCGCUCCAAAGGUCACCACUGAAGAAGUGUAUGUUGGUGUGACCACGCGGAAAUCUGCGAAAGCGACGACAACGAGCGGCGGUACAGAGCUGAUCUCGGAGACAUCUGAGGAGGAAACCGCUUCGGUGCCGAAAGCCACUACAGCGGCUGCAGCGACCACGAAAACCCGGCAACGGAAGACGACAGCGGCGGUCGUUGUGACGACCGAAGAGGAAGUGGAGGACGAGGACACCACGAUAGUGGCGACUACCACAAAACAGCCGGCGAAGCCGAAAGCAGCAGCAACAACUACAGCGCCCAGUAAAAAUUCCAAAGGCCAGAUGACGUUCGCGGAUAUGUUGAAGAUGUUUGCCGCAGCAAGCGCGAAGGACGAUACCGAUGAAGGUGAAGGCGAUUACCGUCCGCAAGCCACCACUGUGAAAGCUACACCAAAGGUCACCGUGGCCGUAACCAAAGCGACAACCGCGGUGGCUGCAGGGAAGGAGUUGAUCGCCGAGACGUCCAACGAAGAAAACGCUGAUCCGAAGGCGUCAACGGCUAAGCCGAAGGUCACCAAACCACCCACAACCAAACGGGCGGAAUCGACGGAUGAGGACUACGGAGCGCUGCCCAGUAAAACGACCAAGGCGGCGAGUCAGAAUCAGGAGCUGAUUGCGGAGUCAUCGGAGGAAGAGGUAGCUUCCGUGACGAAAUCGACGAAACUGCCGACGACGUUGGCGGCGUUGGUCACGAAAGCCCGGCAGCGAAUGACGACAGUAGCACCGGUGGUUACAACGGAAGAAGAAGAGGAUGAGGACACGACUGCUGAAGCACCCACAAAAAAACCGUCGGCAAUAUCAACAAAAGCCGGUACGACCAAAGCAGCCAGUAAAACCUCCAAAGGCCAAAUAGCAGCCGGGGAUUUUUUCAAGAAACUGGUCGCUUCUCUGAGCGCGAAUGAUGAUACUGCUGACACCGACGAGGAUCAAGGCGAUUACCUCCCACAAACAACGACGAAAAAGGCCACAUCAAAGGUCAGUGUUGCUGUUACGAAAGCGACUACAUCGGCUGCUGAAGGAAAAGAGCUGAUCGCGGAAACCUCACAAGAGGAGAAUGCGUAUCCUAAGGCGUCGACGAAGAAACCGGCACCAACCACCACCAAAGCCAAAACGACAACGCCGGCUCCAAGCUCGCGAGAAGUGCUUCCUGAUACCGAUGAAGAGGUCGACCACCAGCCGCAAAAUCGACAACCGCGGCGCCCACACGCCGCCGCAGUCGUGUCCGGCCCACCCAACCGGAGACCACCGAAGCGCCGGAAGAAGCAGCCUACAACAAACCCACACCGACGACACGCAAACCCGCUCCGGCAUACGGGGACGAAGAGACCACCAGGCCAGCACCCACCACCCGCAAGGCCGCCAAGGCGUACGGCGAGGACGCCGACACCAAAUCCGUAGCGGAGAC